GUGCCCCAUGAGGAUGGGAGCAUCCCUGGGGGGCUACUGGAUAUGCGCACUAGAAUCCCGGCUGAGAGGAGGCGGCGGAGACUCGGGGGAGGAGCGGGUAGCACUGGGUCCUGCUCCGCGUGUCGCAGCCAUGAGUUCAGUGGCGGUGAGGCUGCGGGGGCGGCGGUGUGGUCCAGUUGCCCAGGCCUCAGCCGGGUGCGGGGCGGUGGACCACGCAGGUGAGGAGGGGGUGGCGCCUUGUCAGUGCUGCUGCUGGCGCGGAGCCAAGAGGAGCUCAGAGCUUCAGGACAGGUGGCUGGCAGUGCCGGGCGCUGGCUAUGUGCCCAGCCUCCGCCCUAGGCACGGGACCAGCCGUGGGACGGACGGGCUCCCGGGACGCCUGGGCAGCUGGCCUCCUACCGUUGCCCCCAUGCGGAGCUCCUCCUUUCUCUCGCGACGGCCGCCGCCGCUGUUCCUACUGCUGCUGUCGCCGUGGCCAGUCUGGAUCCAGGCGCCCCCCGCAGCCGCCCCCGCGGCAACCCCGGGCGCCCCGGACUGCCCCGAGGCGUGCGCGUGCGCGCCAGAGGGCCAGGCCAACUGCUCCGGGCGCGCGCUGCCCGCCGUGCCAGGGGGCCUGAGCCAGCGCGUGCGCGCGCUGCUGCUGGACCACAACCGCGUGCGUGCGCUGCCGCCCGGCGCCUUCGUGGGCGCUGGCGCGCUGCUACACCUGGAUCUGCGCGAGAACGGACUGCGCUGGGUGCACGCGCGAGCCUUCUGGGGCUUGGGCGCGCUGAAGCAGCUCGACCUCAGCGCCAACCAGCUGGAGGCGCUGGUGCGCGGCACCUUCGCUCCGCUGCGCGCGCUUUGCGUCCUCUCUCUGGCCGGGAACCGGCUGGCGCGUCUAGAGCCCGCGGCGCUGGGCACGCUCCCGCUGCUGAGCACGCUCAGCCUGCAGGACAACGAACUGCCUGCCCUCGCGCCCGCGCUCCUGGCGGGCCUGCCCGCUCUCAGCACGCUGCGACUGCGCGGCAACCCCUGGGCCUGCGGCUGCGCGCUGCGCCCACUCUGCACCUGGCUGCGCAGGCACCCGCUGCCCGCGCCAGAGGCCGAGACGCUGAUCUGCGUGUCGCCGGGACGCCUGACGCUCAGCCCCUUGACCGCCUUCCCCGACGCCGCCUUCAACCACUGCGUGCGGCCCCUUGCCGCGCGGGAACUGGCCGUGGUCUACGCGCUCGGGCCCGUCUCCUUCCUCGCUAGCCUGGCCGCCUGCCUGGCGCUGGGCUCCAUGCUUACCGCCUGCCGCGCGCGCCGCCGCCGCGCCGCCGCCCGCCGCCCGCCGAGGAGUCUGCCGGAUCCCGGUGCCGGCAUGGCCUCGCCUGCGGCAGUCGCCGCCGCCGAAGCCUGA